AUGUUUGCUGAUAUUACUCAGCCGCCGAAGCCACUCCCUACAGCUCAGCUCAAAGCCGUGCGGUCAGGUGUCUCGCUGUUGCCUCCGCUCUCACGUCGAGGCCAUGGCCCAGGGCUUGUGGUUCUUACACCAACUUCCGAGGAUCUUCUCAAGAUAGAAGAUGGCGUACCGUCUGUGCUUAUCAAAUGGGCUGAGGAAGGAUAUACAGUAGUCCAAAUCGAUGCUUCCGCGUUUGAAGAUGGCAAUAGCGUAGAUAUCUUACGUGACGCUUUGGAGACUAUGCGCCAAUGUGAUAAAUAUGACGAAGGAAAUAUUGGUUUAGUCGCAUAUUCUUCAAGUCUCUGGAACACAAUUGCGCCAAGCCUAUCAGACGUCCAUGAUGUUGUAGCAGCAGCCGUAUACACCAACGCCGACAACCUAUCAGAACUAUCUUCCGCGAACAUUCCACUUGUACGACAUAUAGUUGGGCCUACCGGCAAGCGUAGUUCUGACAAGUCAGAUGGAAUCGAGUACUACUAUCCCAAAGCUGAAAGCUGCGCUUUUGCAACGCCAUUCCACCAGCACUUUGACUACAACAUGGAGUCUGUUUCGCACACGAGAAACCUCCAGUUCCUCAAACCCAAGGUCGGGGGACCUUACUUUGAUCUUGAGUACAUCUGGGAAGAGCAUACUCACUAUGAGUUUGCCGAUCGCUCAGUUGAGCAUACCAUGAGUACCAUGGUUCAAGAACCAUACGUCAACCAUACGCCUACUUUGACAGGAGGGAUUGGCCGAGACAAACUAUCAGACUUUUAUCGGCAUAACUUUAUCUUUAACAACUCUUCAGACUCUGAACUGGACUUGAUUAGUCGAACCAUUGGAAUAGAUCGUGUGGUUGACGAAUUUCUCUUUAAGUUUACACACAAUCAAGAGAUUCCUUGGAUGUUACCUGGUGUCCCGCCCACCAACAUCAAAGCCGAAGUCCCGUUCACGGCGGUGGUCAAUAUUCGAGGAGACCGCCUGUAUCAUGAGCAUAUCUCUUGGGACCAAGGAACCUUACUUAGACAGUUGGGUCUAUUGCCUGAGUAUCUACCGUUCCCUUAUGCUCUACCAGAUGGUCAAACUUCUGAUGCCGGUUUUGAGUAUCGCUUACCAGUUGCUGGCAAGGAGACAGCUAUCAAGAUGAAGGAUAGACAUGGAGUGGCGUCGAACCAGAUGUUUGCAUAUGAGGUUCGUGAGAAGAAGGACUGA